AUGCAAAAUUAUCCACAACUUGCACGUGGGAGCUUAGUCCCCAAUCCUGACUAUGAUUUCGGAUUUUUGCAGCAGAUUGGAGAUGGAUGAGAGACCCUCAACCCUAUUGUGGCCUUCCUGAUGGGCAUCAACUACAAUAAGUUUUCGAAUCGUUACUCUAAAGAGGACUUCAUUCAACUUGUAACGAGAAUGAAGGAAGGAGCAGAUAUCAAUAGCCUUGAUGUAUGGGACCAAAAUAGAAUAUACAGAGAGCUAUAUGAACAGAUUGCUCUUGAUCAAGUGUUAAAUCUCAAAUGGUUUAAUAGAGAAGGUGAAGCUUUGGAGAAUCCUAGGCAAAAUGAUCCAAUAAUCCAGACAAUGAUGGGACUUCAAAACAAUAAUCAUGCUCAAACAGCAAAUGAAGCCCAAGAUCCCCAGUCAGAUUCCACUUCCUCGAUCCACUUCGAAGACGACCAAAAAAGUGAGGAGAGGAGUGAGGAAGAGGAGAAGGGGGAAGUUGGAGAGAGGAGGGGAGAUUUGGAGGAGUGGGGUGGGAGAAGGCAGAUGGAGAGGAUGGUGGAGGGUGAUGGGAGUGGUGGUGGUGGUGAUUGUGGAAUGGGACAGAAAGAUGUGCCUGAGAGUUUAGGGGGAGGAGAUUGAUGCAAACGAGUGAAAACUGGAGAGGAUUCGGAGUUUCCGAUCAAACCUGCCCAAAGAGAAAUGAAAAUUCAUAAUAAAAUUUCGACUCAUACUCCCCCUACUGAACCUCUCUCUACUGCCAAUCUCCCUCGCGAAGAAGACAAAUCUAUCGACACCCUAGUUCUUCAAAAAUCCUCCCAACAGGAGCAAGAUCCAUGACCUACUUGCCAAUGAAAAAGCCUAAUGCUAAAUAGGAACAAAUCCGAUGGAUCAAGGCAAAGGAGAAAUUCUGAAGAACCUCCUGCUCUGCAGGAAAUGCCUGCACAGCAAGACACCCUCCCUGAAGAACCCCAAGCGGUGAGAGAGAUCCCUAACGAAGAUGUACAAGAAGACCUGAAGAAAAACCCACUCCAGCCGCUACAAAGCAAAGGAAAGAAGCUAUCUUCGGCACCUAAGAAGGCAAAGGCUCCCAAAGGACCAACUUGCAUGAAAUGUAGGCGUAAAAUUGCCCCUUCCGAAGCCCAAGAGUUAAAAUGCGGUGACUGCUUCCAUCCUACCUGUAUUGAGAAGCACAUCAAAGCCCAAUUAAAAGCCAAGAAUUAUGAAAUUACUUGUCCAAGUAAGAAAUGUCUGAAGAAGCUAACCCAAAAGACUCUCAAAAGUAUUUGCAGUGUCGAUCUCUACAAAACAAUCCAAGAAUGCAGACCGAUCAAAAGAAGGCCCAAGAAACCCUCUCCAGUUUGUUUACCAGCCUCUUCUCCAGCCCCUAAUCCAAGGGCAUUUGGAUUCGGAUUAUUUCGCUAAUCUUCAAUAGUUUGCAC